AAGUCGUGAAUAAUAACAUUCACCAACAGGUCCAAGACAAGAAAAAUGAAACCUACCAGCUCCAGCUCCAGCUCGGCCUUUUCUUCCUAAUAACUAAACCCUUUCUCAAACAACCAGAGUACGGUUUCUCUUCUUCAUUUCUCUAUCAAUCUUCCACCCAUGUCUUCUAAUGGAGCUCCUCUGGGAGAUGCAGAUACAAAGACAAGUUUAGAGAAGAUCAAACGGCAGUUGGCUUCUGGUUCUGGCCGGAAUUUACUACAGGGCCCACUUCUCAAACGAUCUGAGACUCUGCGGAAGUGGAACGAGAGAUGGGUGAUAUUGGAUCCAACAACUGGGAAAAUGGAAUACAAGGCCAGGAGGAAUGAGCCAACAAUCAAGGGUACCAUAUUAUUCGAUGCCAAUAGUACAAUAGCAUUAUCUCCUGUAAACUUCCAUGGACUGCCAAAAUAUGAUGGAUGCUGUUUCUAUAUUGGCACUCCACAGAAGAAGGACUACUUCCUAUGUGCAGAAACCCCUGGUGCAGCUAAGGCUUGGGUAUCUACCUUGCAUGCAACACAGCUUGUCUUAAAGGCUCACAAAGAGGCUGUGAACUCGUUAAGUGGAAAUGGGUCGACAAAAUUGGGAACAGUGGCCACUGUAGUUGCCGCAGCUAAUUCGACUGCUCUUGAAGCUUCCAAGGAAGUUGAAGCAGCAAUGCAGAUUGCAAUGAGAACUGCUUUAGGAGCAAUGAUGAACAGGACACCUGAUGGUCCAAUGGAUGACCUGACAAUAAUGAAGGAGACACUGAGAGUUAAGGAUGAAGAGUUGCAAAAUCUGGCCAGGGAAGUACGUGCAAGGGACUCGACAAUAAAAGAAUUAGCAGAUAAACUAUCUGAAACUGCUGAAGCCGCAGAGUCUGCUGCAUCUGCAGCUCAAAUUAUGAAUGAGCAACGGAAAAUUGCUUGUGCUGAGGUCGAGCGCAUAAAGGGAGAUUCAGAGAAGCAAUUGGAAUCUUCAAAGUCCAAGCUGAGGGAGUUCGAAGAGAAGUUUAUGACCCUGAGUAAUGAAAUGGAUCAACUGAUAAAGCAGAGAGACUCGGCUAUUCAAGAAGCACAUUUAUGGCGUUCCGAGCUUGCAAAAGCUAGAGAACAGGCAGUAAUAUUGGAAGGGGCUGCUGUUCGGGCAGAAGAAAGGGCCAGAGUAACAGAGGCUGAUGCGGAGGCUAGAAUAAAAGAAGCUGCACAAAGAGAGGCUGCUAGUGCAAAGGAGAAGCAAGAACUGCUGGCAUAUGUGAAUAUGUUGCAAGCACAAUUAACAAGGCAGCAGGUAGAUAUGAAUCAAGUGUUUGAGAAGACAGAGUCUUGCUCAAGUAGUAUUAAUAACUUACCGCAAACCAAGCAUGUGGAUUUAUCAGAAGAGAAUGUGGACAAAGCAUGUUUAAGCGUUUCUAGGGCCAUUGAUCCAGAGAAUGUAGUUGAUCUAGCAGUAGAUCAAACAAACCAUCAGUCCGUCGAACAUGGUGAAUGGAGUGAUAUUCAACCAACGGAGUCAAGAAUAGCUGAUGUAAGAGAGGUAGCAUCCGAAACAGAAAGGAGCAGCUUAGACAUACCAGUAGUCACUUCACCUUCAAACACUCAUCAGGAUCAAGGGCACAACUCUCAUCUGCCUUAGCUUUUUAUUGCUGUAAGGAGUUCAUUCCCUUACGUUAUAUAGAAUCAUAUAACCACAAGUUCAGAUGUUCCCAAGCAAAUGCAUCUUUUUUGUUGGUCUUUAAGACCUUAUUUGAGUACUAUACAUAAAUUAUUGCCUGCCAGUGUGUUAAUCUUUGUGCAUAUUAUCUCUCUUCUUUCCUAACUUUUUAAUUCUUUAAGGAUGAGGUAGAGCCUUUUGUGAUGUUUGAAGAAUCUAAAUAAAACGUCGGUUGAUUGUGGAUAUUCA